AUCAACCACCACCAUUCGAUCGAGAUCGCCCUCCUAUAUAACGAAUGCCCCAACCUCUCAUGCCACACUAGCUUAGCUUGCUCUGCUUGACCAUCAUCGUCAUCCUCUCCAAAUCGACCCCUCAAAAAACAAACCUAAGGAUCUCCCGAUCGGCGGGCGUACGUCGGCGUCGGCGACGAUGAUCACGGGGCGGGACAUCUACGACGUGCUGGCGGCGGUGGUGCCGCUGUACGUGGCCAUGUUCAUGGCGUACGGCAGCGUCCGUUGGUGGGGCAUCUUCACGCCGGACCAGUGCUCCGGCAUCAACCGCUUCGUGGCCGUCUUCGCGGUGCCGCUCCUCUCCUUCCACUUCAUCUCCACCAACGACCCUUACGCCAUGGACUACCGCUUCCUGGCCGCCGACUCGCUCCAGAAGCUCGUCAUCCUCGCGGCGCUCGCACUCUGGCACAACCUCCUCUCCCGCUUCAAGCCCAACAACGGCGGCCCGGCCCAGUUAGACUGGACCAUCACCCUCUUCUCCCUCGCCACGCUGCCCAACACCUUGGUCAUGGGGAUCCCUUUGCUGAGAGCCAUGUACGGGGAUUUCUCGGGAUCUCUCAUGGUGCAGAUCGUGGUGCUCCAGAGCGUCAUAUGGUACACGCUCAUGCUCUUCCUCUUCGAGUACCGGGGAGCCAAGGCGCUCAUCUCCGAGCAGUUCCCGCCGGACGUCGGCGCCAGCAUCGCCUCCUUCCGGGUCGACUCCGAUGUCGUGUCCCUCAACGGGAGGGAGCCGUUGCAGGCGGACGCCGAGGUUGGGACGGACGGCCGCGUCCAUGUCGUCAUCCGGAGGUCCGCUUCAGGAUCCACCACUGGCGCCGGCCAUGGCGGCGGCGGCUAUGGCAUUGGCGGCCAUGGAAGGGCGUCUAGGGGGAUGACGCCCAGGGCGUCGAAUUUGACCGGGGUUGAGAUUUACUCCUUGCAGACGUCCAGGGAGCCGACGCCCAGGCAGUCGAGCUUUAACCAGAAUGACUUUUACUCCAUGUUCUCUGCAGCGGGGACGGGGACUGGGACGAGCAAGCUCGCGAGCCCGAGUCCCAUGGGGCAGCAGGGGCAGAAUAAUGGGAAUAAUGGUGGUGGCGCUCGUGUGGGGCUCGAUGAGCAGGUGGCGAACAAGUUCAAGGGUGGGGUUGACUACCCGGCGCCUAACCCCGGGAUGAUGGCGGCGCCGGCGCCGAGGAAGAAGGAGCUGGGGGGAUCAAACUCCAACUCCAACAAGGAGCUGCACAUGUUCGUGUGGAGCUCCAGCGCGUCGCCCGUGUCCGAGGCCAACCUCCGCAACGCCGUCAUCUCGCACGCCGCGUCCACCGACUUUGCCGCCGCGCCACCCGCGGCGGCGGCUUCAGCCACGCCACACGACGCCGCCGCCACUCCCAAAGGUGUGAGCGGCACGGUGACGCCGGUGAUGAAGAUGAAGGACGGCGGUGCGGUGGAGUUGGAGAUCGAGGAUGGGACGAUGAAGAGCCCAGCGGCGGGGCUGGCGGCGAAGUUCCCGGUGACGGGGUCGCCGUACGUGGCGCCGAGGAAGAAAGGCGCUGGCGGGGGGCUGGUGGAGGAGGAGGCGGCGCACCCGAUGCCGCCGGCGAGCGUGAUGACGAGGCUGAUCCUGAUCAUGGUGUGGCGGAAGCUCAUCCGGAACCCCAACACCUACUCCAGCCUCAUCGGCCUCGUCUGGUCACUCGUCUCAUUCAGGUGGAAUAUUCAGAUGCCUACAAUAAUCAAAGGUUCCAUAUCUAUCCUGUCCGAUGCAGGGCUAGGGAUGGCCAUGUUUAGCCUAGGUCUGUUCAUGGCUCUGCAACCCAAGAUCAUCUCCUGCGGCAAGUCCGUCGCCACGUUCGCCAUGGCGGUGAGGUUCUUGACAGGUCCGGCGGUGAUCGCGGCCACCUCCAUCGCCGUCGGGCUCCGGGGAGUCCUCCUACAUGUUGCCAUUGUUCAGGCAGCACUUCCACAGGGCAUCGUUCCGUUUGUGUUCGCCAAGGAAUACAAUUGCCAUCCUCAAAUACUUAGCACAGCGGUUAUUUUUGGAAUGCUCAUCGCGCUCCCGAUCACGAUACUCUAUUAUAUUCUUCUUGGGAUAUAGCUAGAGUGACCUUCAACAAGACAUGUCAGCAAAUUAAUGGGUAGGCAAGUGUAGAAUUCUAUAGAGAAUUGAAAUGGCAACAAAUGAACAUGUGAGUAGUCUUGAGUACCUGAAGAAGCAUGAGAUCAAGCAAGCAGGAGGAUAGGGAAAACUAAGUAGGACCCCUAGACAGGAAUGCAAAGGAAAAAAGCAGAUAUCUCCUUGAUUCCAUUAUUUUAUUUUAUUUUAUGUAAUAUUUUUGCGACUGUUUUAGAUCCAAAGUAAAGGCUAGAGCUUUGAGUACAAA